AUGAAAGGGCGAGGAUGGUUCAAAUUCCAACUUUUCUUCGGUGUUGUCAGUCUCUUUGCCGCUUUCCUCCUCGUCAGGAAGACAGCAGCACCGCCGCUCUCUGAAGCCUAUGCCCUUUGCUCGAAAGAAAACGACAAAGUAUAUUUGGUUGAUGACCAGAACACCCAAACUCAGUGCAUUGUGGUCGAAGGCGCUUAUAUUGUUGGCACCGGCUCCCUCGACACCGUGCGAGACAAUUGGUCUAAGCUCCGGCCCAGCCAGGUGGCACUCGAGGUUCGGUUCAUCAAACCUGGUGCAGUUAUCAUUCCCGGCAUAACUGAUUCGCAUGCACACAUAUUGGAGUACGGAGCCACUCAACAGUUGCCGCUAGAAGGUAGCAAGACUAUCCAGGAUGCUGUCGCCCGUGUCCGAGAGUAUAUUCUUUCCACUCCCGAAAUCUACAACGACACCACCAAACCCAUAACCGGAGGAGGAUGGGAUCAUACUGUUUGGCCAUCGAGUAGUUGGCCCACCGCCGCCGACUUGGAAGCGGACAGUGUCAUUCGAGGACGACACGUUGUCCUGCAGAGUAAAGACUGCCAUGCCCUCUGGGUAUCAUCGAAGGCCCUUGAAAUCAGUGCACCCUUUCCUGACUCCGUUGAAGGAGGCGUCAUUGUGCGUGAUGAGGAUGGUGCUCCUACAGGAACCCUGCUAGACAACGCGCAGGAUCUGUUGAAGCAGCCGGAGUUGACAGAGAGUGACUUAUUGAGGCGAUUCAAAGUGGCAGUUCGUGAUGCUCAUAAAUAUGGUUUAACUUCCAUCCAUGAUGCCGGCCUCGAUCCCAAAUCUCUUGCAUUCUUUAAGAGACAAGCCGAAAUCGGGCCCUUGCCUAUUCGCAUUUACGGCAUGAGUUACUUUGAUGAGAAUGAACCAUAUUGGGGAAAUACCAGUCGCCUAAUUAUCGGUGAUGAGAGCGACAGACUAAGCGCCCGCAGUGUCAAGAUCUUUGCAGAUGGGGCCUUGAGGACUGGAGGAGCAGCGCUCUAUGAACCCUACGCCGACAACCCCACCACCAACGGGUUUAUGCGCCUGGAUCCAGAGAUACUGUUCAAAUUUAUCCCAAUGUUCCUGCGCGAUGGGUGGCAAGUGAACGUUCAUGCCAUUGGUGAUCGUGCGAAUGGCAUUGUCCUAGAUGCCUUCGAAGCCUCGCUGAAGGGGGCAAAUGUGAAGGCUUUACGUCCACGACUCGAACACGCCCAGAUGAUGACAAAGGCCGACAUGGUAAGGCUCGGGAAGCUGGGAGUUAUUGCAAGCAUUCAGCCUGCACAUGCGAUAAGCGAUAUGUGGUACGCUGAAGAUCGAUUGGGCCCAGACCGUAUCAAAAGUCUUUAUGCCUUCCGCUCCGUCGUCGACAGCGGUGCUAAGAUCGCACUUGGCUCGGACUUCCCUGUUGAGUCGAUGAAUCCACUUGCAGGAUUCUACGCAGCCGUCACGCGUCAAUCGCCAGAUGGAAGAUCGCCUCAUGGUCCUGGCGGAUGGUUCCCUGAACAACGAAUGACAAUCGACCCUGCAUAUGCAUCCUUCACUGAAUCUUUCUUGGGUUCUCUUGAGAUUGGCAAACGUGCCGACUUCACCAUCCUCUCCCAAGAUAUUAUGUCUAUCCCCUUCGCCGACAUCCUGGCAACCGGAGUUCAUGCAACUGUCAUCGACGGAAGGCCGGUCUAUGGAAACAUCUAG